GAAGAACACAUCUCCGAUAAUCGCUCGCCACGGUGUAUCUGUCUGUAUCUUCGCCUGCACGCACAAAAUCCAUACGUACAUUGCCUUCCUCGCCACCACAACUGCAUCAGCCUCUCACUCUCUCUCUGUCUCGCUUCGGCGAAAUGGACCGCAAGAGAACCGAGAACCCCAUCUACGGACGCCAGUGGAGCAGCGAGUCCGCCGACGGGGGCUCCUCGCCGGCGCGUUACCACCACGCGCGCUCCUCCUCCGCGUCCGGGGCCGGCCUCUCGGGCGUCAGGAGGAACCAGAACUUCGCGGCCAAGGCCGCGGCCCAGCGGCUCGCCCAGGUCAUGGCCUCCCAAACGGCGGACGACGACGACGACGACGAUGGCGACGAUCUCGGCUUCCGGUACAGCGCGCCCCCGCCGCUGUCGCUCUCGAGGGCCAACGCGAAUGCCGGUGCCGCUGGUGUCGGCAGGCCCGGCGGUGUGGCUGCGAGAGUGGCUAGAUCUCCUUCGCCUGCGCUAGCGAGGAACUAUGUGGAGGAGAUCCCAUCAAUUCGGUCAGCAUCGGCUGGAAGGCCUGCAAUGUCUCCUCGGCCAUCACUAUUAGUGCCACCCAGCAAAGUACCGCCGCUUAGAACUGCCGUUUCUUUGCCACCAAUUGAGCCUCCUUCUGAUCGUCUGAGAGAGAAAAGAUUUUCAUCGGAUAUAAAUCUAAACUCCAAAUCUAAAGGAAACCAGCAUGAUGCUUCUGCACUUCAGGAUGAACUUGAUAUGCUACAAGAAGAAAAUGAGAAUGUUCUCGACAAGCUCAGACUAGAGGAAGAGAGAUGUAAGGAAGCAGAGGCCAGAGUUAAGGAGCUUGAGAAGCAGGUCGCUGCACUUGGAGAAGGAGUGUCCUUGGAAGCAAAACUGUUGAGCAGAAAGGAAGCUGCAUUACGUCAACGAGAGGCUGCAUUGAAAGAUGCAAAGCAAUCAAGUAGUGGGGUAGACAAAGAAGCAGCAGCUCUGAGGUCUGAAUUGGAGAAUGCCAAGGAUGAGGCUGCAGUUGCUGCUAAACAGCUUCAUGGAGCUGAAUCUGAAGUAAAAGCUCUUAAAUCAAUGACCCAGAGAAUGAUAUUGACUCAGAAAGAGUUGGAAGAAGUCGUUCUUAAAAGAUGUUGGCUUGCACGCUACUGGGGUUUGGCUUCAAAAUAUGGUAUUUGUGCAGAUGUAGCAGUGUCAAAGCAUGAACACUGGUCAUCCUUAGCACCUUUACCAUUUGAGGUGGUCCUUUCUGCUGGACAGAAGGCUAAAGAGGAGUAUUCAGAAAAAGGUGAUGACAAUCCUGAGAGAAGCAAAAUCGUUCAUGACUUGAGUGAUCUAACGGGUGAGGGCAAUAUUGAAAAUAUGCUCUCGGUUGAAAUGGGAUUGAAGGAGCUAGCAUCCUUGAAGGUUGAGGAGGCUAUUGUGCUUGCAUUGGCGCAACAACGACGGCCAAAUUCUACACGAAUAUCAGCAUCAGAUCUUAAAUCUCCUGGCGAUCCGAAAUUCAUGGAGGCAUUUGAAUUGAGUCUAGAGGAAUCCGAGGACGUACUCUUUAAGGAGGCAUGGCUUACAUAUUUCUGGCGAAGAGCCAAAGCUCACGGUAUAGAGGUGGAAACUGCAAAAGAGCGGCUGCAGUUCUGGAUAAACCGGAGUGGUCAUUCCCCUACAUCACACGACGCUGUCGACGUCGAGCAAGGUCUGAUGGAGCUAAGAAAGCUUGGAAUUGAGCAUCGACUCUGGGAAGCAUCGCGCAAAGAAACCGGCCCCUAGCUCGUUCAUCCAUUUCUCAGAAUUAUACCACGCCAAUUCAGACAGUAACAGCGGCCGAGACAUUUAUACUGAGUUUCUCCCGUCAUAGCUCUACGCAAUUUAUCUUCAAUGUUGCAGCAUCACAGUUAUGUUUUCCUUCAAAUGUAAAGUGAAAAUGUCUGCUUACACCUCCACGAACAAUUACUUUGUAUAAAAUGCAGGCUCCCCGCUUAUAGAAUGCAAGUUAAGAGGUGAC